UCGCCGUGUAGUGCGCUUGUUGCUUUUAAUUAGUGAGCAAUGGUUUUGCCUAGCCGUCAGUUGUUUUUGAGCCAGCGUGUCGUCACGGAGGACGGAGUGGCGGACGGUGCCGUCCUGGUCGACGAGAAUGGUGUUAUUGAAGAUAUUCUCACCCGAGCACAGGCCGACAAACUUGUACAAGAGAGCGGUGGAAAGAUAAAGGUAAUCGAUGGCGGGUCGCUGGCGCUAUUGGCUGGCGUAGUGGAUUCCCAUGUCCACGUGAAUGAACCAGGCCGGACCGCUUGGGAGGGGUUCCGAACGGCAACCACCGCCGCCGCGGUCGGCGGUAUCACCACCAUCGUUGACAUGCCUCUAAAUUCUAUACCACCUACUACUACUGUGGAAAACUUGAAGACCAAGGCAUCAGCAGCCAAAGGCAACGUGUUCGUUGACGUCGGUUUUUGGGGAGGUGUUAUUCCUGGAAAUCAGGACUCGCUAAAAGAUCUGGUGGAGGCGGGAGUGGUGGGAUUUAAAUGCUUCCUGUGUCCCAGCGGCGUUGACGAGUUUCCAAACGUAGAUGCCAACGAUCUGGAGGAAUCGUUUAAGGCUCUUGAAGGGACAGGAUCUUUGCUAGCUUUCCACGCUGAAAUGGAAGAGAAGAAACCUAAAACUAGCGGCAAGAAAAAAAUAAAAAAAGAUCCCGAAGAAUACUCGACCUAUCUCGAGUCGCGUCCUUCGACCAUGGAGUUAAAUGCUAUUUCAUUAAUUACGAAGUUAUUACAAAAUACAAAAGUGCGCGUGCACAUAGUGCAUGUGUCAUCGGCCAGCGUGGUGCCGCUCCUAGACGAAGCCCGUCUCUCGCGCCGCGCAGCCGGGCAUGAAGCCUGGCGCGCCGGCGUCACCGCCGAGACUUGCCACCACUACCUCACCUUCAGCGCCGACCAGAUUCCCAGGGGGCACAGCGAGUACAAGUGCGCGCCGCCGAUAAGGGACCUGGACAACAAAGAAAAGCUAUGGGAAUAUCUGUUAGAAGACAAAUUGGAUCUGGUCGUCUCGGACCACUCGCCCUGCACGCCUGAUCUUAAAACAUCGAAUAAUUUAGAAGCCUGGGGUGGAAUUUCCUCUGUCCAGUUUGGUCUGUCUCUCUUUUGGACUGCGGCAAGUUCCCGCAAGCUAAGCCUGCCGUCCAUUACGAAGUAUCUGAGCGCGGGUCCGGCCCGGCUGUGCGGCCUGCAAGACCGCAAGGGCACUCUGAAGCCGGGGCUUGAUGCUGAUCUUGUGUUCUUUGACCCUGACGCCACCUUUACGGUUACUGCUGAAUCCGUGCGGCAUAAGAAUAAGCUAACUCCCUACAUCGGCAGGGAGCUGCGAGGGGUGGUGAAGGAAACUUACCUGCGCGGGCGCCUGAUUUACGGCGACGGGGACAUCGUGGGAGGGCCCAGUGGAGAUCUAUUGUUGAACAAGUUAUAAGAAAACAAAUAUACAUAUACUUGGAAUA